AUGGCGGCGCGCCCCCCGCCGCGUCGUGACGGCGGUCCGGCUGCACACGAGAACGCUACCGACGCGAUGGAGCUGGCCGAAGAGACAACCACCGUUUCGUCACCGCAGGGCCCCGUGCUCCCCGCGGCGCGGUUCCUGAAGGACCUGCCACGCCAGACUGCUCCGCGGCCGAAGCCAAAAGGGAGGAAGAAGUGGCAGAAGCAGAGAAAGGAGCCUUCUGAUGUCUCGCCUUCGUCUCCCGAGGCAACGGACGACUCGCGGCGCCCACCUGCUACCCCGGUCACACCUAGACUGCCUGCAGCGGCAGUGCAGAGGAGACGCCACCUGCCCAUGAGCCAACGUCAGAUGGCUUUUCUGGUGCAGUCGAAGGGAGAGAGGCGGCGUGCACGGGCCCUGGGGAAUGCUGCGCUCCCGGUGGACCCUGCGGUCGUCGGUACGGUGCUCUUACGUCCCUCGGCGCCCGGCGUGGCCUUCCGAGGAGCACCGCGCCUCGCACAUGCCGCGGCCCUCUCUUCGCGGCCCGGUGUAUCAGCGGUUCGCGUCAACCACAGGCGCAACAUCGUGGCCGCCGUCACCACAACCCAGGAGUGCCUGGAGGGGUUGCUUAAGCUUACCGAGCUGCACGCGAUCCCUGUGACUGCCCGACUACCGGCCGAGCGCGGCAAGAGCACCGGCUUCCUGCACGGGGUGAGCGGGCUGCCUGCAGACACGUACCUACUGGGAGCCAACGAGUCCAGUAUCCCUGUGCUGUCAGCAACGAUGCACGGGAGCACCGUCACCAUCCGUUUAGCGGGACCGGUUCCCCCGGAGUACGUACGCCUCUUCAAGCUCGGCUUCAGGGUGAGGCCAGCCAGGCCCCGUCCAGUACAGUGUCGGCAGUGUGGCCACUACGGGCACGUCCUGGAAUCCUGUCAGUGGCCGACUGACUGCAUCUCCUGUGGCAAAAGCCACUCUGCGAACGUCUCCUGCCAGACCGUACGCUGCAGGAACUGCGGGGGCUCCCACAGGGCGGACACUCCUGCUUGCCCCAAAUGGCAGGAAGAACGCAAGGUGACCACAAUCAUGGCUUCCUCCACCUCGCCAUUGUCGAGGCGCGCUGUCAGGGCCGUAGUCCGCGAGGAGCAGCGACCGCAGCUGUCCUCACCUCUGGCGCGGUCCUAUGCCAGCGCGCUAAGGGCCCCAGCCCGGCACCCAGGCCUCCGGUACCUACCCCUCGUGCCUCCCGCCGCCAGCAGACACAGGACACUCCCGCGCCUCCUGCGCAGACUACCGUGGAUGAGCUGGUAG